AUGCCGUUGUUUACACGUGAGCGUGUUUCAUGCCAAGCCAAACCAUCAGAAUCUCAUCUAUACAAUGAUCCUGUGAUGCUUAUUUGCAGUCAUGUUUUCUGUCGUUCAUGCUGCUUAGAUUUGGCACGAAGAAAUCAAGAUCAUUGUAUUAUUUGUCCGAUUUGUUCAAUGCGAAUUCCGUUUGAUAACUUAAAUCGAUUUGCAACUGGUCUGAUAGCGCAUGGAACACUAGCAACGAUGGUGAAACAAUAUCUACGAGAAGAACAAGCUCAGCGUAUAUGUGUAUCUUGCGGAAAGAAUCAUGUCAAUAAUGUUCGAAGUCGAAUUUGUGAAAAAUGUGAGAUUGAACAGGAAAGUAUCAAAAGAAAGAUUGUUGAAACAGUGAAAAAAUGUGACAAAUUAAUCUCGAAUCAAAAAAUGAUUUCCUUGGAUAAAAUCUAUGGAGAUAUGAAUGAGAUUUACACGCUUAUUGAUCAACGAACAGCCAAUUUCAAUCAAACAAUUGAAAAUUAUGAAAAGAAACUGAAUGAUUUACUAACCAAACAACAAAAAGCAAAUGAACUCAAUGCAUUAAAACAUCAACCAAUUGAUAUCGAAUCGGUUUCGGAAUUAGUUGAGCCCCGACUAAAUGCCUUAAAGAAAAAUAAGAAUCUGCUAGAAAAUCUCGAUGUCGAAAAAGAAAUCAAACGUUUAAGCGAUGAAGCCGAUCGCAAACUUCGUCUACUCAAACAUAAAGCAGAUAUCGUACCUGUACUCCGUCCCCCAUCAAUGAAACCAUCGAACCACAUGUUUGGUGAACUUCUUUUCAAAUCUACGGACGACGAAACAAAAUCAUCUAAGUUAACACCUGAUCAAUCGAUGGUCAACACAUCAGGUGAUACGUCACUUCAAUCAAUUCCACCCAAACUUCCAAUGUGGACUGUAAAUGUCAAUACAUUACCUUCCCAUCUAUGUGUACAUUCCGUUGGUAAAUCCACAUUAAUCUUCAGUUGUAGUUCAUCAGGCAUCAUUUCUCUCUUCAACUACAUCUCACCAGUUACGUACGAUUCUCCUCGAUAUAUUCGCACAUUUCAUCUUUUUCCUGCGCAAGUUCGUAUUCAUGUACAAUCAUUUGCCGUUUUUAGUCAUUUCAUGCUUGUACAUAUUCGUGAUAACGAUCGACAAGAUGCGAUUUAUUUCUUCUCGCACGAUGGUAACUUCGAAUACGGACCUAUUUACCUAUUGAAUCUUGUUCGGCAUUUUCUCGCUGAUGAAAAUCGUCUUUGGGCAAUCGAUUCUGUCACUCAAACGAUAUUCUUUCAUGUUCAACCAUUAUCGUCUCAUGAAAUUUCGAGUCUUUUCUCCAGACACGAUCAAUUCGUAACUUUUGAUAAAGAAUCCAAUUUCAUUCCAUUACGCCUUGCCAUUAAUCAACAACUACUCGCCGUACUCAGCAAAGAUUUUCACCAAGUGUACAUUUAUAACAAAAUCUCUCGUGAACGAAUUUUCGUCAGCCAUUUUACUGUUGGAAACAGUACGAAUAUCUGGGAUAUUGGCUUGUUUCCACGAGAUAAUAGUUUGUUGUUGAAAUUUGAUUGUAUGUUCGAAGGAAAUGUAAAACGGUCUUUAUUUAUACAUUUCAAUACAAAAAAUCAAUCGGUUGGCCGAAUCGAAGGAAAACAUUGUUUAAGUGUUGUCAUUGGGCCGAAUAAAGAAGUAUUAAUUGGAUUUAAUCUUCGCACAGGAAUCAUUCGUUGUUAUAUGUAA